AGCAAAUGCAUAAAGGACAUCCGGUAUUGGUUGUGGUCCAUGCUGUGAAAAAAGGAUUGUGUUAACUAUGAACUUGGAAUUCAUUAAAUAAUUGUUUCAGUUGUCUAAAUGAUAUACGUGUAGUGUAGUUAAUGCAAGACCAUUAUGGCUGGAAGUCGACUUGAAAAAUUUGGAACCGUGUUCACUCGAGUCAGAGAUCUCAUGCGUUCUGGAGUCGUGAAGCAGUCUGAAAAGCCCAUUUGGUAUGAUGUGUACAAGGCCUUUCCACCCAAGAAAGACCCACUUUAUAUCAAACCAGUUGCCAAAAUCUAUGGGAAGAAAGCAGAAGCUGUGCCUGACAUCUUCUACAGGGAAGAUGAAAUUAGAGCGAAAUUCUAUGAGGUUUAUGGAACGGGGCCCAGAGCUUUUGAUCUCUCCAAAUCAGACUUUGUUUCAACCUGCCAAAGGUUUGUGGAAAAGUACAUGGAGUUAGAGAGCCAGGGAGAGCUGGAGAAAGAGUUCCUGUUUGAGCAGACUGGGAAGGCUCUCCUUGCUGAGGGCUUGGUGUUGAGAAGGAGGGGUGGUCCUGUGGUGGUGUCAGACACCAGGCAUCCAGUGUUGGGAAUGAAGUUGACAGACAUGCUGGCGGAACUGCAGACUGAUGCACCUGGCGAAACACAGACAUUGGGAGGACAGACACCAGCGCCUGUGAUUCCACAGUAAGCUUUUGCAACACGGCUUCGAUCACACUUCACCCUGAAGGAAACGGAUAUGCCUGUACUGAGUAUUAGUAAUGUGACAGUAUCUAUCCAGCGCUAGACCGAUACCCCUCUGACAAGACUUCCUGAACAAUCUGGGUAGACAAGCAGUGCAUAUUGUUUAACUGUAUAAUAUGUGUGUUUUUCUGGUCUAGAACCUUGCGAGACAGAUGUCAUACAUAUGAAUGUAAAUGUAUAUUAAAUGUGUGUAAUGUGGCCUACUGAACUCCUGAAUAUUUAAUUGAUGUUUGCAUUAGUGUGUGUUCACUUUCGAUACUGCAUCCCUUGGUAUGUUUGAAAUUAGACAGUUUUGAUGUUUGAAUGCCACUGAACGAUCAGGAAAAUAAUAAUACAUUCUAUAAUGUGGUCCCUUUUCCCUUCUGUCGCUCAUCCUCCGUUAUCCAUCAGUUAUUGCAUAACGCUCAUGCAAGAAAAGCAAGCUGUGAGUGAGAGUUGAUAUUACAUUCUCUGUUUGCUGUGACAGUGUAAUUCAGCAGUGCCUGCCUGAGCAUCUGGGGAGAAAUUGAGAUAUUAAUGCCGUGUUGCUUCACCGAGAAAUGCCAUUGAGCACAUAAACACAUCAACCAAUUGGGGAGGAGAAAAUGAGUUAGUAAAAAAAGCAUCACAGGUGACAAAAUAAAAUAAAUGCCAGAGUUACAUCUACAGAAGGUUUUCCGCCAUUGAUAAUUCGACUCACUAACAGUAUAUAUAAUUGAGGUUAGUGUCUGAUGUCAAAAUUCAAAUGAAUACCCCUAACCACGCAUCUUGUUCUAAACAAAUCCUAGCAUGUCUGGAUUUUCAAUAUAUAAUGGCGGUCAGGUUUUAAUUGUAUUUUUUUACAACAAUGUAGUAAUUAUUUCACAGUUGAUCUUCAGUUACUAUUUCUGCAAAUAAAUAGUGUCAAUUAAACAAUUGUAAUGUUGACUAUGUGUUAACUUGAUUUAGUUUAAACAAAGUGUAAACUUAAUCAUUGUAACUUAUACAGUUCACUAUUGUAAAAAUAAAUCAAUUCUGAUCUAAUCAUUAUGAUCAAAAAGGAGAAAUUCGGAGAAGAAUGUGUGAUUGUUCCCCAUACAUUCAACUCAAGAAGUAUUGGCACCCCUCAUGAAUUGGAGAAAAAAUUCAAGCAACAGUCAUAUUUUGUGCUCAACAUUAAGGGGGAGCCCUUUCAGCAUAAUAUGGCUUGAGCUCAAAA